UUCCUGUAAGGACGUCCUGCGUCCCCAAAAUAUCUCUGCAAUGCCAUGCAGGACAGCGACGUGCCUUUGCAAGCGUGUUAAGAAUAGAUCCACAAUGGGGCUCGCUGCCGUCUUCAGUUGUCUGCCGGGGACUCAGGGCGAGGAAGUUCGGGAGCAUUUCCCCUGCUUUCUACUUCCGUUAGUUUUGAGGGAAACUCAAAAGGAAUCAUGUUGGAUUGGAGCUCACAAAACUGUUGGGUAUGUCCAACUGAGUGUUAGUGAGGUUCCUGCAGGUCUAAGAGAAGACAAAAUGCUGAGGUACCGCAAGGAGAGUUAAAGGAGAGGCCCAAAACUUUGGGUGCUGAAAGAAUGACUCUGGGCGGACGGAACAUGGCGGGAUCCAGUCCGUCAGAAAUCAUCUUUAUCUCUGUCAAUCAAAGUGUCACCUUGAUAGGAAAAGUGUGGCUGGUCCUGAUGAUCUUUCUCCGCGGCCUCAUCCUCCUCCUGGCUGGUUACCCUCUCUACCAGGACGAAGAGGAGCGCUUUGUAUGCAACACGAUUCAACCGGGCUGUGCCAAUGUGUGCUACGAUAUAUUUUCCCCGAUCUCCCUUUUCCGCUUCUGGCUCGUGCAACUCGUCACCUUAAGUCUGCCCUACAUCAUCUUUACAAUCUAUGUGACGCAUAAGGUGUCAAAUGGCCUGGAUGUAGCCCCGAACUCUUUGGGUCCUGGUCAAACUAUGCAACUGCACAAGACCCGGCAAGAGCUGUCCGUCAAGACCUCGGGGGGAAAAAAGCGAGAGUUGGUCCGAUGUUUCACGGGUGCCUACAUAUUUCAGUUGAUGCUCCGGACUUUGCUGGAGGCAGGAUUUGGGGCGGCACACUAUUAUAUGUUUGGUUUCUCCAUCCCGAGGAGGUUUCUAUGCCAACACCCUCCGUGCACCACCCAGGUGGACUGCUACAUCUCAAGACCCACCGAGAAGACGCUGAUGCUCAACUUUAUGCUUGGCGUGUCCGCCCUGUCCCUUUUCCUAAAUGCCCUGGAUUUUAUUUGUGCAAUCAAGCGCUCCAUGAGGCAAAAGAGUAAAAGAAAGUUGAUGGAGUGUGUUUAUGAGGACGAGCGCGAUUUCCUGGGGACCCCUGAUCCCAAUUUUUCCGUGGGAUGUCAAACUCUGGAAACUGAGGCUGGUCCAAGAGGGAGUUUCCGCAAGAGGCAAGGCAGCCGGAGUUCUUGCAAAGGGAGGGCAGUCGGAAUAAUUCAGGAUGCAACCUCAGCCCCUCGCCCUUUGGAACCUUUGGCCUGCAACACCAACAGAAACAAUGGAUACCCUUUUUCGGAGACGGAGAAGGAAGGUGACGAGCUGGCUCUCUUUUCCUUUGAACCGACGGGGACCCCUAAAGCCAUUUGUGUUAGUAAACGGAGCAGGCUCAAACCUCCACCACCCCCCAGGCGGGACCUUGGGCUUCACCCGGCGCUGUCACCAAGACUCAAGAGAGAUGAGCCCAUGACGACAGAAACCGCUGUGGAUAGGAUUGGUCAGUACACUUUGGCGGAGCCGGCCAAUGGUGCGGACCGAUCAAACGAUGACGGCCAGGAGAAAAGAUCCGAGUGGGUGUGACUUCUUUUUUUUUUCUUUAUUCGCAGGGUUGUUAUGCAAGAUGAGACCGAGCAAAUAAGAUGUGAGAGCAACUUGAGAGCCAGCUUUACAUAGUGGCAACAACUGUUGGAUCGCUGGCCG